CCAUGUCGCCGUCAGGCGGUCAACCACUUCCCGGGCUCGUACGGGAUUGGGCGCAAGGACUACCUGUGGCGUAACCUGAGCCGCAUGCAGAGGCAACACGGCGAGCGGAGCCGACCCCUUGCCGCCUCGCUGGUGCCGGUCUCCCCUGUCGUCACAGGUGCCGCGUACGACUUUUGCGCAAAGUCGUACAUUCUCCCUCGCGACCGGGAGCACUUUGAGCGCGACUAUGAGGAAGGCACCGUGUACAUUAUCAAGCCGCCCGCUCAGGCCGAGGGAAGAGGUAUCCGCCUCAUCAACCGAUCAGACCAGCUGCCCGGCAAGGGCGUAUCCGCCAUCGUACAGCGGUACCUCGGCGAGCCCUACCUCAUCAACGGGAAAAAGUUCGACCUGCGCAUCUAUGUCGCCGUCACCUCCUUUGAUCCCCUCCGCGUCUACGUCUUUGAGGCGAGCCUCGCGCGCUUCGCCACCUCAGACUACCGGGCUCCCGGCGCCUCCAAGCGCUCCAUCAAGGACCGGUACAUGCACCUGACCAACUACUCGGUCAACAAGAGGAACGAGCGCUUCGAGCGUAACACAGACGCAUCGCGCGACGACGAGGGCUCGAAGUGGUCGCUCUCAGCCACCAUGAAGCAUCUCGCCCAGGCGGGCGCCGACGUGCGGGCGCUGCGCGAACGGAUCCAUGACCUCCCAUCGGUCGUGUCAAAGAUGAACGCGGCAUGCAACGGGCGAGCCGCGUGUUUUGAGCUCUUCGGGUUUGACGUGCUGCUGGACAAGGCUCUCAAGCCGUGGCUCAUCGAGGUCAACGUUGCUUGCUCGCUCGCCUCCUCCUCCCCACUCGACAAGUGGAUCAAGAACAUGCUGAUGACAGACCUCUUCCAUCUGAUC